CAGCACUGAACUGGAUAACGUCUCCUUCGACCUGCAGCACAGACUCAUUUCUCCACACACCAGCUCUGAGUGGAUGCUCAGAAGGGGUGUUUGAGAUAUUAGGGCGCUGUGGGGGGGAACGGCCCAGGGACCUCUGUCAUCCUCACACUCAAAGAGCCGGCAGUCCGGAGGAAUAUGGGCAAAUCGGAAAGUCAAAUGGACAUCAUGGAGAAAUCAGGUAAACCUGGGAAGCGUCGCUGGACUGUCGCAGAAAUCAGUCUGUCCAUUCUGCUGCUGUUGGUCAGCUGUGCCUUGGCUGGGCUGGUCGUCCUCUACACAUCAGCUGUGAAAGAGCAAUCUAACAGGCCCAGUGUGUCAAAGAGCUCAACACGAGAAGGCCAGCUGUUUCGCUCUGAUCGUAACAAUGUGUGCACAACUGCGGACUGUGUUAGUGCAGCUGCUUGGCUCUUGCAGAAUAUGGAUAAGUCUGUGAAGCCUUGUGAUAAUUUCUACCAGUACGCCUGCGGGGGAUGGCUGGAGCGCCAUGUCAUCCCAGAGACCAGCUCCCAUCACAGUGUCAUUGACAUUCUGAGGGACAAGCUGGAGAUUGUCCUCAAAGGUGUUCUGGAGACGGAGAGCGAGCAGGACAGGGACGCUGUCAAAAAAGCCAAAGUCCUUUACAGCUCCUGCAUGAAUGAGAGCCUGAUAGAGCAGCGUGACUCCCAGCCCCUCCUCAGGCUCAUUGAGAGUAUUGGAGACUGGCCAGUGGCGUCUGAUGACUGGAACACCACCACAGGGGAAACGUGGAGCCUCGAGGACACACUGGCCACUCUUACUGCUCGCUACCACAAGAAGGUUCUGCUGGACAUGAAUGUGUGGACAGAUGACCAGGACUCUCGGCGUCACAUCAUUUGUAUUGACCAACCAGGACUUGGAAUGCCGUCGAGAGACUAUUACUUUAAUGAUGGAAACUACAAAAAGGUUCGAGAGGCCUACCUCCACUUCAUGUUUUCCAUUGCCAAGAUAACUCGAGAGGACAGGAACUUGACCCAGGACGACGAGCACGUGUGGGAGGAGAUGAUGCAAGUGCUGGAGCUGGAGACCGACAUCGCUAAUGCUACAUCGCCCGUAGAAGAGCGCCAGGACGUCACCGUUCUCUACAACAAGAUGACGCUUGGUGAACUGCAGAGCACGUUCAGCUUCAAUGGUUUUAACUGGACACAGUUUAUUCAGGGUGUGCUGUCGAGUGUCUCCGUUGAGGUCAAGCUAGAGGAGGAAGUGGUGGUGUACAGCUCUCCUUACCUGGAGAAGAUGAACGAUGUUCUCUCCAGACACAGUGUCAGAACUAUGCAGAACUACCUCACUUGGCAGCUCAUCAUUGACAGAGUCAACAGCCUGAGCCGCCGCUUCAAAGAUACCAGAGCCCGUUACAGGAAGACUCUCUUUGGAACCACCGUGGAAGACGCCUGGUGGCGAGAAUGUGUCCGUUACGUCCAGAACAGCAUGGAGAACGCGGUUGGAGCUCUGUACGUGCGUGAGACCUUUGCCGGAGAAAGCAAACAAAUGGUCAGUGACCUCAUUAGUAAGAUCCAGGAAGCUUAUGUGGAAACGCUGGAAGAGCUCAGCUGGAUGGAUACUCCCUCGAAAGAGAAAGCAAGAGAGAAGGCAAUGGCGAUCAAGGAGCAUAUAGGUUAUCCAGAUCACAUUCUACAGGGAAGCAACCUGAAACUUGACCAAGAAUACGCUCACCUGAACUUUAGUGAAGAACACUAUUUUGAGAACAUCCUGGAGAACCUCAAGUCAGAAGCACACAAGAGUCUGAAGAGGCUCAGAGAGCCGGUGGAUCCAGACUUGUGGAUCAUCGGUGCCACCGUGGUGAAUGCAUUUUAUAUACCCAACAGAAACCAGAUAGUGUUUCCUGCAGGGAUCCUGCAGCCCCCGUUCUUCAGUAAACAUCAGCACCAGGCCCUUAACUUUGGGGGAAUAGGAAUGGUCAUUGGACACGAGAUCACACACGGCUUUGACGACAACGGUCGUAACUUUGACAAGGACGGUAACAUGCUAAACUGGUGGAGCAAUUACUCCGCUGAGCAUUUUAAAGAGCAGUCGCAGUGCAUGGUGCAACAAUACGGCAACUUCAACUGGAAGCUCGCAGGUGGACAAAACGUGAGUGGAAUCAGCACUUUGGGGGAGAACAUUGCAGACAAUGGAGGCGUUCGUCAGGCGUAUAAGGCUUAUCUUAAGUGGGUGGAGAUGGUGGGUGAGGAGCCUCUUCUUCCGGGUCUGGACUUGGAUCACCGGCAACUUUUCUUUCUCAACUUUGCCCAAGUUUGGUGCGGUGCUUAUCGGCCUGAAUAUGCCAGCCAGUCCAUCAAAACUGACUCUCACAGUCCCUUGGAAUACAGGGUGCUCGGAUCUCUGCAGAAUUUUGAAGCGUUUUCAGAAGCUUUCCAGUGUCAAAAAGGCAGUCCGAUGAACCCCGAGCUGAAGUGUCGCGUUUGGUAGGACGAGUUCAGAGUUCUGCUUUUAAAACCCUCUGAGACGUUCGGCUUAAGACACAUUCCAGUUUAUUUGGCGAUGGCGCAAAUGUUAGGAUAUAUCGUAGAUGGAUGAGGAACGAGGGGAAUGUGCCGUCUACUAAAAAAAAAAAAAAAAUGCUCUCAAGUUUGAAACGUUGUCUCCGAAUGAGGUCACUUGUUCUUAUUUUUGUGUCCCACACACAGGUGACGAGUGGGUACACGAGUGACGAGGCAGCCAGUGAAUUAUUCACUAAACUUUUGUUUGAGAGAAUCUCGUGUUCAGAUUUAGAAGUUAGAUCUUUGUUCAGACCCAACAUCUGACACUGAGCUGCCUUGUUGGGAGGUUUUUUUUUUCCACCGAUGAAUUGUUUUUCAGACACCAAGAGAACGGUGGACUAAUCGGAGUGAGUCUGAGUAUGAAAUAAGCUUCGCGGCUCUGCUGAAGUAAACCUACGAGAGAAUUAGUCACACUUGAGGAGUUUGGUUAUUCACUGUUACAUGAAACAAAUUACCUUAAGACUUUAAGACUGUUAAAUCUGUGCAGCUUUAACCUGAACAUUCACAAACUGAGAGCACUGUGGCUUUCCACGUUUCUACUCUUAAGACGGAAUACAUAUUUGACGUUUCACAAAGGUAUUUAGUCAUUUUCCUGUUUCAUCACAUUCUGAACUCGAUUGUCGCUUGAUCCCGCCCCCCCCCACUGCAGUAACGUAUAUGUUAUAUUACAUUUUGUAGAAACACCGGUGACCUGCCACUUUUUAACCCAGCACUUUUCUUUUUUUUAUAGAAGUUAGAGUCACAUGAUGACAAAAACCCGCAUAUAUAAUCACUUUAUUGCAUCACUGUUUACUGACGUUGUCCGAGUGUGAUGCGGGGCGUGGGUUGACUUACUUACUUACUUACUUAUUGUAGGCUGUUAAUCAGCUGUGUCGUGUCGUGUCUUUGAAGCUCACAUAUUUUCUGCUUCACACAUUCCACCUUUUAUGGAUUUUUAGAGGCUGGGCUGAGCUGUGGCUAUAAAAAAAAAAAAAGAAGAAGUAAAAACUAUAAUGUGCCACUGACAGUCUUACAAUUACUCAGAAUGAUAAUAUCCUUCUUGUAUAAUAUGAGUGUUCUACAUUUAACCCCCAAAGUGUGAUCAUUUUGUGGAACGAGCUAGUCUUUGCAGCACGGGCCUCCCGAGAAGAGAUGUGAACAGUUGAUUAUGAGACUUUUAUCAUUGGGGACACAGCCAAUUAUACACUAAGGGCAAGGGAAAAGAAAACCCCCUCAGAGACGCUCAGACAGGGACAGGCAGUAGAUGAAGUGGUUUGCCUUCUGAUCUCGCAUUGAUCAGUGCUACCUAAGAUGAAAGGGUGAAAUGCAAUGCGCUGAAGCGCGGUGACCGCCGCAGCCAGAACCCGCAGGCGUACACGGUGAAGAAUAGAGCUCGUUAUUAAAGAGAUGGCCAGGGCCAGGACUGUUAUUUUCUACCUUUUAUUAACAAGUAAUGACAGGAGAAUCAAAGCUGAACAGAAAUCAUACGAGAUGAUGGGUGCACUGCCUGCGAGUGGCUGCCAUUUUUUGUUGCUCUGAAUAGGGGCUUUUGUAACACAGCAGGAAGAGGAGACAAUACACAGAGAAUUUGAGUGUUCUCUCGUUGGCCACAUUCAGAUUGCCUGGGUAAAGCGAACUGGGACUGUUGAAAUGAAUGUGCAUAUUGGAAGCUUUAUAGUGUUUAAUCUUUGCAUAUCCUCACACAGAUACGGUCGUGUUUGGCAGGGGAAAGAAACGCCAUUUCACUCAUAAUGGAUGUGGAUAUUUGUGCUGCCAACCGAAAAGUAAAUGUUAACAAUUUUGGAGGGAGAAAUAUCUCUGACAGUAGCGUGACACAGAUUAUACCAUUAUUAACAUCUUAACAAACAAUUUAAAUGCCAAAGUUUUAUAUUACAUUGGGCCAAUAACUUAUUUUACACAUUACACAUUCCAUUUUUCAUUUUCACGGCAGAGUAUUUAGGGCCACAUUGAAGAGAUAUUUAAUCUUGCCAGAAUACAUUGGUAACAUUAUAAAGAACUUUAUUCUCAAAAUAUUACAACUUUAUUCUCUAAAGAUUAUGACUUUAUUCUCGAAGGAUUAAGACUUUAUUCUCAUAAUAUUAUGACUUUAUUCUUGAAAGAUUACGACUUUAUUCUCAUAAUAUUACGACUUUAUUCUCGAAAUAUUACGACUUUAUUCUUGAAAGAUUACGAUUUUAUUCUCAUAAUAUUACGACUUUAUUCCCGAAAGAUUAUGACUUUAUUCUUGAAAGAUUACGACUUUAUUCCUGAAAGAUUACGAAUUUAUUCUCGAAAAAGUACGGCUUUAUUCUCGAAAAAUUACGGCUUUAUUCUCAUAAUAUUACGGCUUUAUUCUCGAAAGAUUACGACUUUAUUCUCGAAAGAUUAAAACUUUAUUCUCAUAGUAUUACAAUUUUAUUCUCGAAAGAUUACGAUUUUAUUCUCGUAAAAUUACGACUUUGUUCUCGAAAGAUUCCGACUUUAUUCCCGAAAGAUUACGACUUUAUUCUCAAAAGAUUACAACUUUAUUCUCAUAGUAUUACGACUUCAUUCUAGAAAGUUUACGACUUUAUUCUAAUAAUAUUAUGACUUUAUUCUCGAAAGAUUACGACUUUAUUCUAGAAAGAUUACGACUUUAUUCUAAUAAUAUUAUGACUUUAUUCUAAUAAUAUUAUGACUUUAUUCUCGAAAGAUUACAACUUUAUUCUCAUAAUAUUAUGACUUUAUUCUCGAAAAAUUACGACAUUAUUCUCAUAAUAUUACGACUUUAUUGUCAAAAGAGCUUUCGAGGUGCUGGAAGGAAGAUCACCUUCAGACAGAACCAAGCUUUCUCCCAUUGUCCAUCUUUGUGCUAAACUGCUGGCUGUAGCCUUAUAGAACAUAUUUAAUGGACAGACACAGAGAAUGGUAGCAUUUGUUUAAUCUGUCAAUCUGUCAGAAAAAUAAAAAAAUGUCAAAAACAAAAAAACAAGACACAUUUAUUGUGUCUUACUGAAAGAAAAGCCGGUUAACGUUUGAUAAGUAAUUCGAGGAUUGUACAGUUUGUCUGAUUUUCAAAAUUGUCAUGUGAACAAAAAAAGUACAUUGUACAUAAUAAUAAUUAAUAAUUAUAGAUGUUCUAUAUUUACAUAUUAAGAAUUCAAAUCAGGUACGAGCAUACAUGUCUCAUUAACUCACAUGGUGAAAUUGUGUGGUUUUGAAAUAAUCAGACUUGCUAUAAUAUAUGAAAAAUGUUAUCAUCUAGAGUGUGCACCAGAGUUUAUUUAUCUUCUCAAUAUUUAUGAAAAUAUCAUUGUUGCUUCUCAAGAACUCAGAUAUACAUGAUUAUGAUUGUUCCUGCUGCUACUCUAUGUAAUUAUUUAGACCAACUGCUAUUUUUUUGUGACUCAGAUCUGUAAUUAUUGCCAUUAAAGUGACUGUCUUAACUGC